AUGGAGUUUGACAGCGAGAUCUCUCUGGUCCCUUGUGGGCAAGACAAAUACAUCUCAAAGAAUGAGCUCCUGCUGCACUUGAAGACCUACAACCUCUACUACGAGGGCCACAACCUGCAGCUUCGGCAUCGAGAGGAAGAAGGCGAGUUCAUCGUGGAGGGCCUGCUGAACAUCUCCUGGGGGCUCUGCAGGCCCAUCCGCUUGCAGAUGCAGGACGACAACCAGCGCCUGCGCCCGCCUCCUUCCUCCUCCUCCUGGCACUCUGGCUGCAACCUGGGCGCCCACGGGUCUGUCAUUAAGCCCACGACCUUGCCUGAUAUUCAGGUCACAGAGGCUGAGCCUACAUCCGAAGGGGACGCGCCAGAUGGGAAAGCAGAGGACAGAGAGUUCAAAGCUCAACUGGAAGAGGCUCCCCAACUGAUGCGGACGCGGAGCGAUGUGGGGGUGCGCCGCAGAGGGAACCUUCGCACCCCCAGCGAGCAGCGGCGGAUCAAGCGUCAUCGCUUCUCCAUCAACGGGCAUUUCUACAAUCACAAGACCUCAGUGUUCACACCAGCGUAUGGCUCCGUCACGAAUGUCCGUAUCAACAGCACCAUGACUACACCGCAGGUUCUGAAGCUGUUACUCAACAAAUUUAAGAUUGAAAACUCAGCAGAAGAAUUUGCUUUGUACAUUGUGCACACCAGUGGAGAGAAGCAGAAGCUCAAGGUCACAGAUUACCCACUGAUUGCCCGGAUUCUGCAGGGGCCGUGUGAACAGGUUUCCAAGGUUUUUUUGAUGGAGAAGGACCAGGUGGAAGAAGUCACAUAUGAUGUUGCUCAGUAUAUUAAAUUUGAAAUGCCUGUUCUAAAGAGCUUUAUCCAAAAACUUGAAGAGGAGGAAGACCGGGAAGUGAAGAAAUUAAGACACAAGUAUUCGGUGCUACGUAUAAUGAUUGCGCAGCGGCUAGAAGAAAUCUCUGAAGGUCCAGCAACAAUGUAA